GCAUUAAUGUGUAAACAAUAACGUGCGAUAUAUGAUAAAUUCUUUUAAAAUCAAGUCCUGAACAUUGCCGAUUAAACGUGCAGUUAGCUCACUUCCAAAACAGUAAAUUUCGAAUAAUGGAUAUGUGGGUAUCGGGUGUUAUUGUAGCUAUAUUGAUAGUUACUGUAAUAUUUUUAAUAAAUUGGUAUUACAACAUGUGGAUGUACAAUGAUUUAAACGUAGUUCCGGGUCCGAAACCUUUACCGAUUAUUGGGAAUGCUAAUGAUAUAGGAAACACGACUGUGAGUCUUCUUCAAUCAUUUAUGAAACUUCAUUUGAAAUAUGGAAACUUUUAUAAAUUAUGGCUCGGACCGAGACUUCAUGUGAUAAUAGCAAAACCCGAAUAUUUGGAGGAACUAUUAACGUCCAAUGUUAAUUUGGCCAAAUCCAAUGGUUACGAUUUAUUUAAACCAUGGUUAGGAGACGGUCUUUUAGUGAGUACAGGCAAAAAAUGGAAAACCAGAAGAAGGAUGAUAACUCCUACUUUUCAUUUCAAAAUAUUGGAAGAGUUCAUGAAGGUAUUUAACAAAGAAUUUAACGUUCUGUUGGAAAUUUUGAAACAAAAAGUAAAAGAAAACCCGGAAGAAUCUAUUGAUAUCACCGAACCCAUCAAUUUAGCUUCUUUAGAUACUAUCUGCGAGACAGCAUUCGGAACGCCCUUGAAUGCCCAACAUAACGGAAAUCCAGGUUACGUUAAAGCGGUUACCAGUUUUUUAGAAAUCUUUACGCUCAGAUUUUUCUCAAGCUGGUUAAGAAACCCGAUCUUAUUCCGAUUAUCUUCACAUUAUGAAAAAUAUUCGAAAAAUUUAAAAAUUCUUCACGAUUUUACCAACAAAAUUAUCAAAGAAAGAAGAAGAGAGUUCAGAUCGAGAACAGAUAAUCCUAGACACGUUUCUGAAGAGGGAAUUAAAAAACGUGCUGCUUUAUUGGAUAUGUUGAUGGAAACUACAGUAAACGGUGAAGAAUUAACUGAUGAAGAUAUCAGGGAAGAGGUGGAUACUUUCAUGUUUGAGGGUCACGACACUUCCGCAACAGCCAUUUGCUACGUUCUCUAUGCUAUAGCGCAGAAUCCUAUUGUGCAAAAUAGAGUCUAUCAAGAGAUUUUAGAGGUACUUGGCAAUGACAAAACAACGGAAAUUACUAUAUCUAAAAUAAACGACUUGAAAUACUUGGAUAUAGUGGUAAAGGAAGCUUUCAGAAUAUACUCUCCGGUGCCCUUAAUAGAGAGGAGGUUGGAAGAAGAUUGGAUUUUAGAUGGCGUGAGGAUUCCCAAAAAUACCAGCGUUUCCAUAUUUAUUUAUGGAAUGAACCACGACCCCACCGUCUUUCCGGAUCCAGAAAAGUUCGACCCGGAAAGGUUUCUUCCUGAAAAACAACCAACCCGACACACCUACGGAUUCAUUCCAUUUAGUGCUGGACCAAGAAACUGUAUAGGUCAAAAAUAUGCUGUGUAUCAAGUAAAAACCUGCUUAAUUAAAAUUAUAAUGGAAUUCGAAAUGUUUGAAGAUAAAAAUUUCACACCCGAAAUUGGCAUGUGUUCCGUAUUGAAAUCUAGAAAUGGAAUUAAAAUUAAAUUAAAUCCUAGAUAUCCGGUGGUACAAUCAAAGUAAAUUAACAUCAACGAAAUAUCAAAAUUAUCCUCGGAUAACGGUAUACAGGGCGUGGCAAUUAAAUAACAUGAAUUUGGUUAUAUAUAAAUGUCUAUAAAUUCUCAGAUCAUGGUACAUACAUAAGCAAUCAUCCCUUGAGAGUAAUGUAUUCAAUCGACUCCAUGCCAUUGGUACUUUCAUUUUGACAAUAGUCCGCCGUAAUUCUGAGCUGUUUUCAGUAUAUGGGAACAUUGUAAUGUGUUCAUCCACUUUAUGACGUAUUUGUACAAAGCACUAGAGGUGCCCACUCCUUGUGGAUCAUACCCUGGAUAUAAGUGAAGCAAAUAAGCAUGGUUUUCAUUUACGAUCGUGAAAUUCUAGCUUGUUGGGGAUGUUCUCAAUCCUAGUCUGUGGACGGGUUUCUGGAUCAAAUUGUAAAACCCAAAUUUUAUCGUCCGUCAGUUCUCGGGUCUCUCACUUUGAUCACUUACAUUAAAUCAACAUUUGACAUUAAAAUAACUUCUGUUUUCUCUAUGAAUUAAAAAACUUCAAUAGAAAUGACUUAUGACAAUAUAUCAAAAACAUGAUAUGAAAAAGAAUAUCAACCGCCAAGCUGAAUUUCGGCAAAGAAGAAGACGACUUCAAAUAUAAAGUCAUCAUGAGCGAAGAGGUCAAUUUUCUUCUCUGUAUUGACGUGAAAAUUCAUAGAUAAAACACCAAGAGUAUAUGUUAGAAAUACGGGAAUAUAUUGAAUUUACGAGGAUAUAUUGAAAAAUAUUGAAAAAUUCUUAGCCUAUACAACCAAACAAAAUUUAAAUGUCAAAAUAUUUUAUUAUUCAACAUAUUCUCCUCUUAAUUGGAUACAUUUAUUACAGCGAACCUGCAACAAAAAAAUGUUUCUUCUUGGUCUGCAAACCAGACCUCCACAGCUUUUAUUACCUCAUCGUUGGAAGAAAAUUCACGACCUUCUAAACUUUUUUCAAUUGAGAAAAAAGAUGAUAAUCGCCAAAUUUGGUGAAUAAAGGGGGUAUUCUAGUAAUUCAAACCCAAAAUCAUGAAUUUUUUGCAUGGCAACAUGAGAUUUGUGUGCAGGGGCGUUGUCCUGCAAAUACAAAACACCUUUGGAUAGCUUUCCGCGCCUUUUCUCUUUUUUUCCGUAGAGAGGUCAGUAAUGUCGAAUAGUAAUCUCCAGUUAUUGUUGUACACUUAUCCAAAAAAUCAAUCAUGAUUACCCCAUGGCAAUCCCAAAAAAACUGAAGCAAGAACUUUUCCAGUAGAUUUUUGGACACGAAACUUCUUGUGUCUUGAAGAACCAGAGUGUAGCCAUUCCAUCGAUUGUUGCUUUGUUUCUGGAUCGUAGAAAUAUACCCAAGUGUCAUCCAUAGUGACAAUUUGGUUUAAGAAGUCUACAUCUUUUUCAAAUCGAGUACAGAUCGAACGCGAUACUUGGACGUUUUUGGUCAACAUUCAAACAUUUGGGUAUCCAUUUGGCAGCAAUUUUUCUCAUGUCCAAAUUGACGUGAACUAUAUGAUGAAAGCGUUCGAAUGAAAUAUUCAGUGCUUCAGAUAUCCAUUUUAGUCCAAUUCGACGGUUUGAUAAAAUCAUGUCAUGAACUGCAUCGAUAUUUUCGGGGACUGACACAGAAACUGGCCUUCCCGAUAGGUCAUCAUCUUUAAUGGACAAUUUACGUCUUUUGAAGCUUGCAGUCCAAUUUUUUACGGUCGCAUACGAAGGACGUUGAUCACCAAGGAUAUUAAGCAUACCUUCGUAAAUCUGCUUACCUAUUAACCCUUUUAAAUAAAGGUACUUGAUGAUGGCUCGAUUCUCCAAUUUUUCGAUUUUCACAAUUUCGGUUUUUUUAAUUUAUCGCGUACCUCUGUAUUACUUUUUUGACGUCAAACUUUACACCGAUACUUCUAAUAAGUUUUUGUUCGUUGCUAUGGUAACGCAAUAUUUUGUUUAUGCAUGGAACUGGUCUAGACUAACUAGAUAUCAAUACAUCCUCAUAUUAAAAAAUAUAUACUUAUAGAACAUUUGGUGAGAACUUUUGCGUCACGCCUUGUAUAAUAUAUUAUAACAGUGUAAUAUUAAAAGUAGCCAUAUUAAAAAUGCGAUUUCUAUGUUAUAUUUAUAGUUAAUUUUGAUCAAAAUAACUGAUAAAAAUAGUCGAAAAUGUAAGACAGGGAAUGUAAGCUGCGUAUCGAUAUAAUUUUUGUAAUAAUUUCAAAUCUACCGGAAUUAUCUGAUAGUACAUGUAAUACGGAUCGAUAGUAUUACAAAAACAACUGAUAAAUUCGCAAUUAUUCACAAAAAGAUAACAAUGUAUAAUAUUUUGUAUACCUCGAAAUUAUCGAUCAAUGUUAUCAAAGAUUAAUAAAUACAUGCCUUUCUAAAAAACCAA